AAUUGCACAUGACAAGCGAAACUAUGAAGAAACAUAAACUGCAAUUAUAAAAACGGUAAAAUAUUCGCGAAAAUAUCAAGUAUAAUAUUCAAAAUAUCGAUGAAAAAUAUAAAAUAUAUUAAGAAACGGUGCCGGGCUACCCAAAUAAAUAUUUUAUUUUCUAUUAUCCAUAAAGUUAAUUAUUAAGCAAGAUGAUGCCCUUUACAAUGCUAUUGUUUUGCUUUUGCUUGGCCAGUGCUGUUGAUCAAUUAUUACAACCGAGUGAAAAAAUAAAUUUCAAUGCACAGCAAACAUCAAGUCAAGUGGAAAAUAUAUUUCCAAUAACAUCACUUAAACCAAAUGGAGAUCAAAUCUUAAAUAUACGUUUUGACCCCCCACAUCUGGACUUUGGUGUUAUAUCAGUUGGUACAGCGCAAUCACACACAAUCACAGUUAUUAAUCAGCAUAAUCGUAGUGUGUAUUUGGGUUCGGUCUCAGGUCAAAUUUCAUCAUUUUAUAGCAGCUUUUUUGAGACAAAGAUCAUACCUCCACAAGGAAAUACUACAUUUAAUGUAGUUUUUCUACCUCGUGAAAGUGGAACACUACAGUCAGUUUUACAUGUACAUAGUUCAUUUGGCUUAGCUAACUUUUCCGUUCGUGGGGUGGGUACUGAAUGUCCAUACAAAUUACAGCCAAUUGUAGGCGUUAAAGCUCCGCUGAAUGCCACGCUUACCCCAGAAAUACAUAUGUUCAAUCCACAUAAGCAUACAAUGCAAAUAAUAGAGGUGUACAGUAGUGGUGGGCAAUUUCAAUUAGAAUUACCUAGCGGCGGACAAGAAGGACCUCAAGCCUUAUGGGAAAUACCGCCAUAUUCCACAAAGCCAGUGAUACGUAUAAGAUUUCAUGGAAAGAAUGCCGGUAAUCACACGGCGUAUAUACGUAUAAAAGUGCUGGAGCAGCCGAAUGAUUCUGUAGCUCCAGUUGAAAAUGUUUUUGUUAUUCCCGUUGAAUUUGAAAUUCAACAGGAGAAUGGACUGUAUGCUGAAAACCCGGUAAUUGAUUUUGGGCGCAUUGUAACACAAGAUACAACGCCAACAACAGUGAAACUUAAUUUACGCAAUUCGGAUGAAAAUAGUCCUUACGAGUUAGUGUAUCAUGAUCUUCAUAAUAUUAGUGGUUUAUCUUUUAAUAUAAACGAUACAAGCAUUACUCUUGAUCCAAUGCUGUUGGACAAGUCUUUUAAUUUUAAGCUUGCUUUACUGCGUUCAGCUUUGAAACGCAACGUUAGUCACAUUCAAGAAUUUUCGGUUUUGAUACGUGCAGAUGUUUUUAAAGGCACGCUUUCUUUUAAUCGUAAUACAACAAUUUUUAUAACCGGUGAUAAAGAUGUUUAUAAAGAAAGAAAACUUAUUGUGCGAAAUGAAUUCAAAACACCUUUACUCGUUUUGAAAAGCAGUGUAGAGAGUAAUAUAACCAAAAUUUUUAAUAUAAAUCAAAGUCAUAGUAAGUAUGACGUUGUGCUGAAGCCAGGUGAAUCAUUGGAACUCAUGCAGCUACAAACUAAAAACCUUAGUAAUAACUUUCGCUCUAUGUUAAAUAUAUAUACUAAUGUAACUCGUUUCGAAGUGCCUUUAUUAAUAUGUACUGGACAGCUCCAUGUGCAUACGCAAAUUUCGGGUCGUUUUAUGUUAAAACCUGAAUAUAAUACUGAUCUUAAUUUGGGCUUGGUGCCUUUGGCAGAAAUGUCACAACCAGGUUAUAUUGUUUUACAGAAUAAAAAUCCAAUACCAAUUAAGGUAACGAAUUGGGACUUUCAAACAAAACGUGGCAUAUACUUUCAUACCACAUUUAUGGGUUGUGCGAAAAUAACGAGCUUGAAAAAUGAACAAAACAUCGAGAAUGUCAAAUAUUACUUUUGUUCGCAACUUAACGAAAAUGAAGUGGCAGUUUUUGAAUUAGCUAUACAAUCCUAUAUAACGGAAAAUAAGCCUUUAGAUGCCACAUUACAAAUAUGGACACCAUAUGAAAAUAUAACAGCAACUGUUAGAUUUAAAACAAUGAUCGGCGAUUUAGAAGUGGAUCAGGAAACAGUUUAUUUUAAAAAUUGCUUCCCGGGCAUGCUAUGUUCAUCAGAUAUAAGUAUACGAUCUACAUUUCAAUAUCCAAUACAUAUAACGAGUGUCAAUUUUACGGAUCCAAGUAUGCAUUUCGAAGAUUUUAACCCUAAAGUUGCAGUUAUUGAUCCCGGAGUGUCUACAAAAAUUGGUCGCCUCUAUUUCAGCCCAGCAGAAAUAUGCAAGCAUAUGUGUUAUAUACCGCAAGACGAGAGAACAAAUUCGUUAGAUUUUUUAUCUACACAGCCUCUUACGAGAGAGUUGAAUAAUAACCCUUAUUUUGAUGAAGGAGAACUUAGAAGACGUACAGAAUUAUAUCGGCAGUUUAAAGCAAUCCUACAAUCAAUUUCGUUUAGAGUGAGUACACAAGAAAAACGACAGUUCGUACUACAAUUAAUGAUCGAUAUUGUAUGGCCAAAAUUGGUGUCUGGACCACAAACACUACCAAGUGUCGAAAUUAACAAAUCUCGUAAAACAGCAAUCGUUAUUAAUAAUCCUGCUAAUAAACCGAUACUGGUUGAUUUUUUCUUAUCAAAUCCAAAAUUCGCAAAGCUUACACGUUCAUCGUUACCGCUUGAGGUAGUAGUUUUACCAAAAAAUUGCCAUUUGACAGAUCAGUCAGUAUUUUCAUUAUCCGAACUGUCAACUAAGCAACCUGUACUAAUUCCAGCUUAUGAAAAUAUAACUGUCACAAUUACAUUCACUGCAACACAAACGGAUUUAUUUUGCACUUUACUACAUAUUCGAAAUAAUUUGACGUUGUAUGAGGGAGUUUGGAUAAGCGCUAAAGGUGUGCAAUCACAAUUUCGUUUUGGAAAUCGGAAACCAGGCUCCACAACGCCUUUGCUCUUCGAAGUAAAUGAAAAACAUUUGUCCUCUUGCUAUCAACAAAUGCAACCAACAACAACAACAACAGAAGUUAGUUUUCCGGUGAAUAUUAAGAGAACUUUCACAGCUCGCAAUACAGGUGAAAUUCCAAUAUUUGUUGAAACAUUUUUUGUCGAAGGCCAACAAUGCAUUGGAUAUGGAUUUAAAAUAGUGGACUGCACUAGUUUUGAACUUGCACCUAAUGCGUCUAAAAAAAUUGAAAUAUUGUUUAGUCCAGACUUUACUAUAGCACGUAUUGCAAAGUUAUUGGUAAUAAAAACAAAUCUUUCCUACAAUGUCAACUACACAUUAUUGGCACAAUUGCCUACUGAUAGUUUAGAGCUCUGCGGAAAAUUGAUCGCUCGACCUGAAUGGGAGACACAAGUACGGUACGCUGCUAUAAUUGUUAUAUUAAGCAGCUUGGCGAUGGUGGUCUUUGCGGUACAUUUGGAUUUGUAUAAAAUUUUCAAAAUACAGGAUGCUGUGGCAAAAUCUCGCGAUAAGGGACCUGUGCAUCCUACUUUUAAUCUGCGGAACAUUGGUAUAAAGUCGCUUACUCCAACAGAUGAUUCGGGUUUAGUAGUGGUAACA